UUAGGACUAGCUUGACAGUGCUGUGAAGAUGGCGGCGUACAGUCGCGCUCAGCUGCUGCUGCUGUUGUCGUCCGUGUGCCUCUGCAGUUUCGGCUCCGUCCUCGGCUUGAAGGCUGCCAGCGGCCCGGCCGAGCUUCACAACCCGCCCGUCCUGAGACCCGCUGAUCCGCCGGCGAAGGAUGCACCUGCAGCCGCAGCCGCUGGGGCCUCACAGCCUCGAAGGGCGACCGGUUGGAAGCUGUCGGAAGAAGAGGCCUGCCGGGAGGACCUGACCCGCCUCUGUCCCAAGCACACCUGGACCAACAACCUGGCAGUGCUGGAGUGUCUGCAGGACCGCAAAGAGGAAAUUGAUAUUGCUCCUGACUGCAACCAUCUUCUGUGGAACUACAAACUCAAUCUAACCACAGAUCCAAAGUUUGAAUCUGUGGCCAUGGAGAUUUGUAAGAGCACCAUCACUGAGAUAAAGGAGUGUAAUGAGGUGGAGCGAGGGAGGGGCUACCUGGUGUCCUGCCUGGUGGAUCACCGUGUUAACAUCAGUGAGUACCAGUGUAACCAGUAUAUCACCAAGAUGACCAGCAUCAUCUUCAGCGACUACAGGUUGAUCUGUGGCUUCAUGGACAAAUGCAAAGAAGAUAUCAACAGCCUGCGCUGCGGCAGCAUCAACAUAGGACACAAGGACAUUCACUCCCAGGGUGAAGUGAUCGCUUGUCUCGAGAAGGCGUUAGUGAGGGAGGUGGAGCAACAGGAUCGUGCUCAUCCAAUCAAAGAGGAGUGUCAGAAAGCGAUCCUGCGGGUGGCGGAACUUUCCUCAGAUGACUUUCACCUCGACAGACACCUUUACUUCUCCUGCCGAGACGACCGCGAGAGGUUCUGCCAGAACAUUCAGGCAGGAGAAGGGAAAGUCUACAAGUGUCUGUUCAAUCACAAGUUUGAAGAGGCCAUGUCGGAAAAGUGCCGUGAUGCUCUCACCACUCGUCAGAAGCUCAUCUCUCAGGACUACAGAGUUAGUUACUCGUUAGCUAAAGCCUGCAAGCUGGACCUGAGGAAGCAGCGCUGCAGCCUGGACACCAGCCUGCCGCGUGCCCGUGAAGCCCGACUGUCAUACCUGCUCCUGUGCCUUGAAGCUUCUGUGCACCGUGGGCAUCCGGUCAGCGGAGAAUGCCAGGGGGAGAUGCUGGACUACCGGCGGAUGCUGAUGGAGGAUUUCUCUCUCAGUCCGGAGAUCGUGCUUCACUGCCGGACGGAGAUCGAGGCCCAGUGCUCCGGCCUGCACCGCAAAGGCCGCACACUGCACUGUCUGAUGAGAAUCGGUCGUGGUGACCGGAGCAAUGCCAUGGACAGCGUCUGCCAGAACGCUCUUCAGACUCUGAUCCAGUCUGCUGAUCCAGGAGGCGACUAUCGGAUCGACCGGGCUCUCAACGAGGCCUGCGAGUCCGUUAUCCAGACUGCCUGCAAACACAUCCGCAAUGGAGACCCAAUGAUCCUGUCAUGCCUGAUGGAGCAUCUGUACACAGAGAAGAUGGUGGAGGACUGUGAACACCGCCUGUUAGAGCUUCAGUAUUUUAUAUCCAGAGACUGGAAACUGGACCCCAUCCUUUAUAAGAAAUGUCAGGCUGACGCCGCCCGCCUCUGCCACACACACGGCUGGAACGAGACCAACGAGGUGAUGCCACCGGGUGCUGUCUUUUCCUGCCUCUAUCGCCAUGCCUACCGCACAGAGGAGCAGGGAAGACGGUUAUCUCGGGACUGUAAGGUGGAAGUUCAGAGGAUUCUCCACCAGAGGGCGCUGGAUGUGAAGCUGGACCCAGAGCUGCAGAAACGCUGCAUGACAGACCUCGGCAAGUGGUGCAGCGAGAAGACAGAUGCUGGACAGGAGCUGGAAUGUCUGCAGGAUCAUUUGGAGGACUUAGUUUCCGGCUGCAAGGAUGUCGUGGGCAACCUGACAGAGCUGGAGUCAGAGGACAUCCAGAUCGACGCUCUCCUCAUCAGAGCCUGUGAGCCCGUCAUUCAGGCACACUGCCACGAUGUAGCUGAUAACCAGAUCGACACAGGUGAUCUGAUGGAGUGUUUGGUUCAGAAUAAACACCAGAAGGAGAUGAAUGACAAAUGUGCAGUUGGGGUUACACACUUCCAGCUGAUUCAAAUGAAGGAUUUCCGGUUUUCCUAUAAGUUCAAAAUGGCCUGCAAGGAGGAUGUUCUGCGCUUGUGUCCAAACAUCAAGAAAAAAGUGGAUGUUGUCAUCUGCCUCAGCACCACAGUGAGGAAUGACACGCUGCAGGAGGCCAGGGAGCAGAGGGUGUCUCUGAAAUGUCGUAAACAGCUGCGGGUAGAGGAGCUGGAGAUGUCCGAAGAUAUUCGGUUGGAACCAGAGUUGUACGAGCCCUGCAAGUCAGACAUCAGUCGUCUGUGUCCCAACGUAGCAUUUGGUAACGCUCAGAUGAUUGAGUGUCUGAAGGAGCAGAAGAAGCAGCUCAGCCAGCGCUGCCACCAGCGGAUCUUCAGACUGCAGGAGGUGGAGAUGAGCGACCCCGAGCUCGACUACCAGCUCAUGAGAGUCUGCAAACAGAUGAUCAAGCGGUUCUGUACAGAAGCGGAUGCCAGGAAUGUGCUCCAGUGUCUAAAGCAGAAUAAGAACAGUGAGCUGAUGGAUCCCAAGUGUAAACAGAUGAUCACCAAGAGGCAGAUCACACAGAACACAGACUACCGUCUGAACCCAGUGCUGAGGAAGGCAUGUCGAGCCGACAUCCCAAAGUUCUGCCAGUCCAUCCUGAACAAAGCGAGCGAGGACGGUGAACUGGAGGGUCAGGUCAUCGCCUGCCUCAAACUCAAAUAUGCUGACCAGAGAUUGUCUUCAGACUGCGAAGACCAGAUCAGAGUGAUUCUCCAGGAGUCUGCGCUCGACUACAGACUGGACCGACAGCUGCAGAUGCACUGCUCAGAAGAAAUCUCCAGAUUGUGCGCAGAGGAGGCGGCUGCCCAGGAGCAGACUGGUCAGGUGGAAGAGUGUCUGAAAGUCAACCUGCUUAAAAUCAGACAGGAAGCCUGUAAAAAGGAAGUCCUGAACAUGCUAAAGGAAAGUAAGGCAGACAUCUUUGUGGACCCGGUCCUCCACACAGCCUGUGCUCUGGACCUGAAACACCACUGUGCUGCCAUCACGCCGGGCAGAGGACGACAGAUGUCGUGUCUGAUGGAGGCGUUACAGGACAAGAGAGUUCGCCUUCAGCCUGAGUGUAAGAAGAGGCUUCAAGACCGCAUCGACAUGUGGAGCUAUGCUGCAAAGGUGGCACCAGCAGAAGGCUUCUCAGACCUGGCCGUGCAGGUGAUGACAUCACCCUCCAAGAACUACAUCCUGUUCAUGAUCGCACUGAGUGUGUGCGUCCUGUUCCUGGUGGGGCUGCUGUGCGGUCGAAUCACCAAGCGAGUGACGAGAGAACUGAAGGACCGAUAGAAGACCGAGCGCCCCGAUGCUUGCGAAAGAACUGAGCCCUUAAACCUUUCCCUACCUUCCUCCUCCUCUUCCUCCCCCUCCUCUCUCAGAUGCCCGAUCUGUAACCAGCCAGCCUGCACAGUGCCAACACCAGUGCCCAGCUCUGGACCCCGUUACCCCCUCAAUGAAUCCUAAAAUCUCCCUUUGGACAUCUCCAAACUCUGCGAUAGCACCGGCUGUCUGAUUCAAGUGUUUUUCCUCAAUCAUGUUUUUUUUUUUUUUUUUAAACAAAUCUGCUUUCGCUGACGAUCUUGUUUGAGGUUCUAACUAAGCGCUGUUCUUGAUGUGACUGAGGGCUGUUGCUUCUGGGGCUAGAAUUGCUCUCCCACCCCCCACCCCCCGGUUCAGUCCUGACGCUUUUAUUUUUGUGAUAUUUAAUGGCGACUGGAGCAUGCAGCGCAACAGGAAACCGUUUCUUUGGAAGUGACUGCAGCAGCCUGAGUCGUUCAACUUUGUGGUUGAAUUCUGACAAGUUCCUGUUGCUUUGAAACAUUUUCUCAUCAGUGACAACGUCCCAUCCUCUCUUCCUUCAUCUGGACCAGUUCAGAUCCAUCUCGCUUGUUACUGACUGGAAAUGAAGGUCCAGCUGCUCUCAAUAUUGUCAUUGACUGGAUUGUCCUGCGCACAUGGUUUUAAAACUUAAUUUAAAUGCUAACUUCAUUGCACUUUUCUUUGUUUGUUUUUUAACAUUAUGCCUUAUUUAUUGUCUGAUGAUGUUUUAGUUUCUUUUGAGUUUGAUUGAUCUUUUAUGUUUUUUUCCUGGAAAUCCAGCUAAAUACAGAUUUUGUAGUCUACAGUGAGACAUGCAGAGACGUACAGCUGUGUAUGAUGGAGCUUUAAAAGUACUAAUUGUAAAAGGUUUAAAACCUUCCAAAGUUAACUAAAAUGUCGAGAAGAAUGUGAAGAAAGAAUUGCUAUGACUUAGAGAUGUCAACUAGAGCUGAACUAGGACUGGACUGUACCUUUCAUGCAAUACUCAUUUGCACCAUAAGAUGGUACUUCUGUUAAACCAUAGUAGCGAGGCAAAAAGCAAAACCUCUUGAGGAAAUGAGCAGGUAACUAAGGCCUUUGUCAUAGGCUUCAACACCAGUCAAAGACUUUCUGGUGAAUGGUUUCUAUAGGUUACUGGCAGUCACAAUGAGGUCCUGGCCCAAAGGCUUACUUUGUGUUGCGGUCACUAGCAGAAUGCUGCGAUUGCCCAGAGUGUUUGCCAACAUGUCUGCAAACUCUUGAUAGCUAACCACAAAGUGGUAGUGAAACUUAGAAAAGUGUAACACAAACAGGAAACUGAACCCAUUUAUCUUUAAAGUAAAAGUUGUACGUAACCAUUGAAACCAACACUUUUCAAGACGCAACAUUUACGUCUUGGAGGUGAUUGAUUUCUGUCUGUGGUCUGCGUGACACUCUUUUACAUUUUACAGCCACUUAGUUUAGGGAGUUUUUCCUUCCCACUGUU